CAAGUCGGCAUUGCCCUUGCGAAUGUAGUUGUGGGCGCACACAAACUGUAGCGUUCUACUAUACAUGCCGGUGUCUGAAAAUUAUUGACGCGUUUAUUUUGCUUCGGGAGCGGUUUUGCUAGGUUUUACGAAGCGGCAUGGUACUGGCCAUCAAUUUUGUUGGUGAAUCGUCGUCUUCGCUCUGCGCAACAAGAACCGAACGCACCUUUGCAAGGCGACAGCGCUGGUCCCGAAAAUGUGAUAAGUAUCCUAUGUCGUCAUGGAAGAAGAGCAGCUAGAUUACGAUACGGUUGUCUACCAGUGUGGUGCCUGUGACGAGCAGUUCUCCUCUCUGGAAGAGAUAGAGCAGCACCACAGUGCUGAUGGAGGAAACAUGUGUCCAUUCAUGGUGGCUGCUGCCAUUCAGCCUCAAGCUGAUGGCAACAAGUCUGAAGUUGUGGUUGUCUCCGAAGGUGUAGCUAUCCCUGAGAGUGUGGUUGUCUCAGGAGACAUUAUAGUUCCAGAAGAUGUGGCUCUUUCUGAAGAUGUCGACGAUCCAGAGCCCAUGGUUGUUGAAGCGCACCCUGUGACCGGUCACGGGCAUGCUUGCACAAUAUGUGGGUGCAGCUUCAGUUCAAAGUUCCUCUUGGAAGCGCAUGUGCAGUCACACCGGAACAACGAGCAGAAGGUCUACUCUUGUGAACUGUGCAAGCAGAAGUUCUGCGACUCAAGCGAAUAUGUCACGCACCUUGUGUCCAGCCAUGCCAAGAAGGACCACUGCUGCACCAUCUGCAAUAAGUGGUACACAUCACGCAGCAACCUAAAGACGCACAUGAUGAUCCAUGCUGGGCGUAAGCCCCACCAGUGUGACAUUUGCGGCCGCCAGUUCACUGUGUCGAGCAACCUGAAGGCUCACCGGCGCAUUCAUACAGGUGAGCGCAAAUAUGUCUGCCAAGUGUGCAACAAGGGAUUCAUCACGUCUACCCACCUCAAGACACACAUGGCAGUGCAUACUGGUGAAAAGCCAUACCAGUGUGAGAUAUGUUUUCGCGAGUUUGCUGUCAACAGCAAUAUGCGUGCUCACAUGCUUACACACACAGGUGAGAAGCGACAUGAGUGCCAGAUCUGCGGCAAGCAAUUUGCCACCUCGAGUCAUGUCAAGACUCAUUUGCUGUCCCACACGGGCCAGCGGGAUCACAAGUGCUCAACAUGUGGCAAGUCCUUCACGGUAGCCUCCAACUUGAAGGCGCACAUGAAGAUCCACUUGGGCCAGCGAGACCAUGCGUGCGACCUCUGCAACAAGCGCUUCUACACCAACAGCGAUCUCCGGUCUCACAAGAUGAUCCAUACAGGGGAAAGGCCGUACCAGUGUGAUGUGUGCCUCGAGCGCUUCACGAAGAUGUCCAACCUCAACUCGCAUCGAACUACCCACACAGGUGAGCGGCCCUACCAGUGCGAAGUCUGCCUUAAGCGUUUCCGAAAGGCCGUCAACCUGCGAACGCAUCUGCAGACGCACCAGUCGGACCGCGCUCACCCGUGCACUUUGUGUGAAGAAGCUUUCCCAAACAUCACGAGGCUAAAGGCACAUACAAAGAAAUGCCAUCAGGAGGUCUUUGGCUGUGAGCAGUGCAAUCGCAGGUUUCAGUCACGCUCAGCGCUAGAAGCACACCAGAAGCUCCACUCCGACGCAUACUCCUUCUUCUGCAAUGUGUGUGAGCGGUCGUUUGCCAAAGAGCAGCACUUGUUGAAACACAUGGAAGGGCACGCAACAAAGAAGAACGAGUGUCCCACCUGUAACCUGCGGUGCACUUCAACGAAUCAGCUAGAGAUUCACAUGCGGACGCACACUGGAGAAAGGCCAUACGCCUGCAACGUGUGUCCACGGCGCUUCACAAAGCAGGUCAACCUCAAACGUCACUUGCAGGUUCACACAAAAAUCAAAUUUGAGUGCCAAGUCUGCCUGAAGAACUACAUUUCGGAGAAAACAUUGCAUUCACACUAUCGAAACUCCCACCCAGGCUUUGUUUCCAACCCCGACUUCACGGGUGCCACGAACGAAAUCCAUAUUGUGGUCAAGCAGGAGCCUGGAGUUGAAAAUUCCUCGCAUGAUGGAGACUACAUUGUGGACAAUGAAGGUGAAGUGGAAGGUUUGGAAGAGGAAGAUGAGGAACAGGAAGUCAAAAGUGAAGAUGAGGCUUAAAGGCAGCAAAUGCAGCAUGAACUGAAAGCACAAAUGAAGUUAGUGAAUCAAUGUAACUGCAACAGAGAAGUGGCUUAUACCAAACAACAGGGAGCUCUGUUAAACACAGAGGAGGUGGCUUUAGGAACAAACCAAAGGUUUCCUUGGGACAUCAUUGUGGCAAGUGUUAGGUAGAACAUGUUAAAUAAUAAAAAAAAUUACAACAGCUGCUGAAAAUGCAUAUUAUAACGUUUGUAUAUUACAGCUCGUGGAAUGAACUAUUGAAACACUGUACAGUA